AUGCACGCCAACGCCGUUGUCCUUGCUCUGGCUGCCGCCGUGCAAUGGACUUCUGCCGCCCCUAACCUCCCAUCUUUCGGCAACGACGACAUCUGCCAGAGACAGCCCUACCGGGGAUACGAUAGUCUCAAGUCUUACGGCCCUGCGGUUCAGUACUGUCAGACAUUCUACCCUCCGGGCAAGGUCACCGAAUACCAGACCAAGACCGUCAAGACGACCGUUACCGUUGCAAAGACCAAGACGCUCGCUUGCCCGGCCAACAACCCCCCGCCAUCCUACCGCGUGGAUAUCAGCGAGGAGGAGACGACCUCCAAGCCCUCUGAGAAGAGGGACGCGGAGGCCGACGCUGAGCCUGAGGCAACAUUCAACAACAACUACCAGAACCAGAUCAAGUGGAAGUACCUCAAGUUGCACAAGCAGCAGUUGCAGCAAUGGUGCAAGUGCAUUCAGCAGCCAAAGACCAUCACAAGGACCCUGACCUACAGCAAAACCAAGAAGGUCAAGCAGACGUCGACGAUCUGCACCACCCCCGCUAGCACUUCCGCAUCCACAACUCAAGGAUCGGCAUCGAGCUCGACAACGUCUGCUCGUCCCGCUUCUUCCACAAAUGUUCGCUCUUCCAGCUCCAGCCUGCAGAGCAGCUCCACUGGCUCGAUGAUUGCUUCGUCGCACACCGGCAGCAGCUCUUCACUGUCCGCGAGCUCAUCCGGAUCGUCGAGCUCCGAGGCCAGUGCUGUGACACCAUCGUCCUCCACUGUCUCCAGCAGCACGCAGUCUGGAUCUUCGCAGACCGGCUCUUCUUCUCAGACCGGCAGCAGCUCUUCGCAGUCCGCGAGCUCAUCCGGGUCGUCGAGCUCUGAGGCUAGUGCUGUGACACCAUCGUCCUCCACUGUCUCCAGCAGCACGCAGUCUGGAUCUUCGCAGACCGGCCCUUCUUCCCAGACCGGUUCUUCGUCCCAGACUGAAUCGUCUUCGCAGAUUAGCUCUUCUCAGACUGGUUCUUCUUCGCAGAUCAGCUCUUCUCAGACCGGCUCUUCUUCGCAGAUCAGCUCUUCUCAGACUGGCUCGUCUUCGCAGAUCGGCUCUUCUCAGACUGGCACUUCUUCGCAGAUCGGCUCUUCUCAGACAGGCUCUUCUUCGCAGAUCAGCUCUUCUCAGACUGGCUCUUCUUCGCAGAUCAGCUCUUCUCAAACUGGCUCUUCUUCGCAGAUCAGCUCCUCCUCGCAGACGGGGUCCUCUUCGCAAUCCGCUCCGACGACACCUGCAUCGGGAUCUACUAGCAGCAUACAGUCCGGAUCUUCGCAGACCGGCUCUUCAUCUCAGGCGGGUUCUUCUUCGACGGGUUCCUCUUCGCAGACGAGUUCUUCUUCGCAGACCGGAUCGACCACUCUCCCGUCUGGAAGCACCCCUAGCACAUCUUUGCCAGCAUCCUCGAGCAGCACGCAGUCUGGCUCGGCCUCGCAGACGGGAUCUUCUCAGACUGGCUCCUCUUCGCAGACUGGAUUGUCUUCUCAGACUGGCUCUUCGCAGACGGUUUCGUCUUCUCAGACUGGCUCUUCUUCGCAAACUGGAUUGUCUUCUCAAACUGGCUCGUCUUCGCAGACGGUUUCGUCUUCGCAGACGGGUUCGUCUUCGCAGACAGGUUUGUCUUCGCAGACCGGAUCGACCACUCUCCAGUCUGAAAGCACCUCUAGCACAUCUAUGCCAGCAUCCUCGAGCAGCACGCAGUCCGGCUCGGCCUCGCAGACAGCUUCUUCUUCUCAGACCGGCUCGGCCUCGCAGACAGCUUCUUCUUCUCAGACCGGAUCUUCUUCGCAGACCGGCUCUUCUUCUUCUCAGACCGGAUCUUCUUCGCAGAUCAGCUCUACUUCGCAGACCGGCUCUUCUUCGUCGCAGACCAGCCCGUCUUCGCAGACCAGCUCUUCUUCUUCUCAGACCGGAUCUUCUUCGCAGAUCAGCUCUACUUCGCAGACCGGCUCUUCUUCUUCUCAGACCGAGUCCUCUUCGCAGAUCAGCUCUUCUUCGCAGACGGGAUCCUCUUUCCAGACCGGAUCGACCACUCUCCAGUCUGGAAGCUCCUCCAGCACAUCGAUCGGAAGCUCGACGUCCACUCCAGUUUCAUCUAGCAGCACGCAGUCUGGAUCUUCCUCGCAGACUGGCAGCUCUUCCAGCACGUCGAUCGCCUCGUCGCAGUCCGGUUCCUCUUCGCAGACUGGUAGCUCCACCACCGGCCUUUCGAAUGCUUCAUCUUCGCAGACCGGCACCAGCAGCCAGUCUUCGACCGAGGCCAGCGCUGUAACACCGACGUCUUCUACUUCCGCUUCUCAGGGAAGCUCGACAUCUGCUCCGGUCUCCUCGAGCAGCACGCAGUCUGGUUCGUCCUCGCAGACUGGCAGCUCUUCGUCGCAGACCGACUCUACUUCGCAGACCGGCGGCUCCUCCAGCCUGACGGCUUCGUCCUCGCAGACGGGCACGAGCAGCCAGUCAACCACCGAAGCUAGCGCUGUGACACCGUCGUCAUCCACUUCCUCUCAGGGAAGCUCGUCGUCUGCGCCGGUUUCCAGCAGCUCGCAGACCGGCUCUUCCUCUUCGCAGAUUGGCUCUUCGUCUUCGCAGACUGGUAGCUCCUCCAGCACAUCGAUCGCUUCCUCGCAGUCCGGUUCUUCUACCAGCUCUAUCGCUUCGUCUUCGCAGACGGGCACGAGCAGCCAAUCUACCUCUGAGGCUAGCGCUGUCACACCGACGUCUUCCACCUCCUCCCAGGGAAGCUCGACGUCUGUGCCCACUUCCAGCAGCUCGCAGACCGGCUCUUCGUCUUCGCAGACUGGUUCUUCCUCUUCGCAGACCGGCUCUUCGUCUUCGCAGACCGGCUCUUCCUCUACGCAGACCGGCUCUUCGUCUUCGCAGACCGGAUCCACUUCUUCGCAGACGGAUAGCUCUUCCAGCCUUGCUUCCUCGCAGACUGGCACGAGCAGCCAGUCUACUUCCGAGGCCAGUGCUGUGACCCCAUCGUCCUCGACUACCUUCGCGGUACCGACGUCUACGCAGCUUUCCUCCAGCACGCUGUUCGAUUCCUCCUCGCAGACUAUCUCGAGCACUUCUCAAUCCAACAUCCAGUCCACUUCGUCCGCGACUGGAACUUCCAGCUCCGGAACAGUUUCUUCAACCUCCGAGGCAAGCGCCGUGACGCCGACUACCUCUUUGUCCAGCGGUACUGCCUCGACGACAGGAUCUUCCUCUCUGCAGAGCUCCUUGGGCUCGUCGUCUGCUUCAUCGCAGACCGGCUCGAGCACAUCUCAGACCGGCAGCUCGUCUAUCUCUCAGUCCCAGUCGAGCAGUGUCGCCAGCACCUCGCUGUCGACUCAGACUAACUCUAUCAGCACCCAGACUGUCUCCACCGACACCCAGACGGUCUCUACCAGCACCCAGACACCCGCGACUUCUCAGACUCAGUCUGGCAGCUCGUCUGCUUCGACCAACACUGCAUCUACCCAGAGCGGCACUCAGAGCACCCAGUCUACCUCUCAGACCCAGUCUGGCCAGAGCGAGACUCAAAGCACGCAGUCUACUUCCCUCAGCACCUCGCUGUCGACUAAGACUGCCUCUAGCAGCGCUCAGACACCCACAACUUUCCAGACUCAGUCCAGCAGCUCGUCUGUUUCGACCAACUCCGCCUCUACCCAGAGCGGUACUCAAAGCCUCCAGUCUACCACCGAAACGCAGUCUUCUAUCGGAACCCAAAGCACCCAGUCUACCUCUCAGACUCAGUCUACCCAGAGCGGAACCCAGACCACUGGCUCUGCUUCCCAGACUCAGUCUACCCAGAGCGGAACCCAGACCACUGGCUCUGCUUCUCAGACUCAGUCUACCCAGAGCGGAACUCAGACCACUGGCUCUACUUCUCAGACCCAGUCUUCCCAGAGCGGAACUCAGACCACUGGCUCUGCUUCCGAGACUCAGUCUACCCAGAGCGGAACUCAAACCACCGAGUCUACCUCCCAGACUCAGUCUACCUCCCAGACGCAAUCUACACAGAGCGGGUCUCAAAGCACCGGAUCUACCACCCUGGCGAGCGCCGUAACUCCAUCCAGCACCACAUCUGUGUCGGCCACCUCUUCCAACGUGCAGUCUACUUCGUCGUCUGUUACUACUGGUUCCUCUCAGUCUCAAUCGACUCAAUCGACCCAGUCUCAGUCUUCCCAGUCCCAGUCUAGCCAGUCUCAAUCGACCGAGUCUCAAUCGACCCAGUCUACCGUGACUGCACCUUCCAGCCAGACCGGAACAACGCAAUCGCAAUCUAGCACAAGCGGCACUGGAUCGACAUCCGCAUCUGUUUCGACGGGCGUCUCUACCGCGACUCCAUCCUCCUCCGCCUCGCAGUCCACUGCUACCCAGUCGGGAUCAAGCACUGGCUCAACAUCGUCGCAGUCCACUUCUGUCUCGCAGUCUUCGACCAGUGGGUCUGCCUCUUCCACUCAAUCUACCGAGUCUAUGAGCAGCACCGGCUCCGCGACUUCGUUCAGCCAGACCUCCUCAUCAGCCACGCCUUUGUCUAGCAGCAUCAGUUCAUCAUCAGUCGGAUCUUCAUCCAGCACUCAGAGCGGCACAACCCAGACCGGCUCCACAUCUGGCACCGCUUCGGUUUCGACUUCGCAGUCUGCUUCGUCCACUGAGUCCACGAACUCCGUCUCUUCCUCGACUGGUUCCAGCCAGUCGCAGUCCGCCAGCUCCACUGGAUCCACCACUGAAGCAAGCGCAGUGACCCCGACCACCAGCAUGCAGAGCCCUACUUCUUCGCUUACUCAGUCUACGACUGAGUCUACACAGAGCACCGCUUCAGUGUCCUCCACCUCGGUCUCUACCCAGACUUCGAGCGUAUCGACUCAAAGCACUGGCUCUUCCACAACCGCUACAUCCGCCUCCACCGGGUCUACUGAGUCUCAAUCUAUCAGCUCGACCACUGAGGCCAGCGCCGUGACCCCGACUACUAGCAUGCAAUCCUCUACGUCUAUGGUCACUGGAACUGAAAGCCUGUCUUCGCAGAGCACGUCGUCGGGCACUGGAUCCUCCACCAGCGUCCCAGUGUCUUCCACGUCCCUCUCCUCCCAGUCUACUAGCGGAUCGACGCAGAGCAUGUCAUCUGGCACUGGAUCUUCUACCAGCGUCUCAGCGUCCUCCUCGUCUGUCUCCAUCCAGUCUACCAGCGGAUCUACGCAGAGCACGUCGUCGGGCACUGGAUCUUCUACCAGCGUCUCCGUGUCCUCCACGUCUGUCUCCACUCAGUCCACUAGCACGCCAGUUUCUUCAACAUCCGUGUCUACUCAGACUUCGAGCGGAACAAUCGGGAGCACAUCCUCAACGAGCCAAGGAUCUUCCUCAUCUGUCAGCCAGUCUUCCAGCCAAUCCACGAACAGCAUUCCGGUCUCCUCGACUUCUGUGUCCACUCAAUCUACCAGCGAGUCUACGCAGUCGUCAGUCACCGGUUCCUCCACGAGCGCUUCGCAGUCUACUAACAGCGCGGGAUCUUCUACCCGUACUACCAGCGCGACUGAAUCAACCUCAGAGGCUAGCGCGGUGACCCCGACGUCCACCAUGCAGGGUUCGAUCUCGUCUUCUUCUCAGUCCUCUGAAUCCACUUCGUCAGUUUCGGGCAGCUCUUCUACCAGUGCUCCGGUAUCCUCAACCUCUACGAUCAGCCAGUCUACAUCUAGCGUGACCUUCACAGGCACUGCUAGCGGUACGACCUUGUCUGGAUCUUCCACCGGAAGCCUUUCGAGCACUUCCACUGAGCAGACAUUCACCCAGUCCUCCACCUCAGAGGCAAGUGCCGUGACCCCGUCCAGCACAACCCAGAGCAUGAGUCAGUCGACUGAGAGCACUUCUCAAGGCUCUUCUUCCGCGAGCGGCUCUUCUUCCACUGGCAGCAUCUCUAGCACCUCGGCUCAGUCGAGCGUAUCUGGAUCAUCCACUGGCAGCGUCUCAAGCACUUCGGCUCAGUCGAGCGCUACGACCCUGUCCGGAUCCUCCACCCAAUCCACUGGCAGCGUCUCAAGCACUUCGGCUCAGUCGAGCGCUACGACCCUGUCCGGAUCCUCCACCCAAUCCACUGGCAGCAUCUCUAGCACCUCGGCUCAGUCGAGCGUGUCUGGAUCUUCCACCACUGGCAGCGUCUCAAGCACUUCGGCUCAGUCGAGCGCUACGACCCUGUCCGGAUCCUCCACUCAAUCCACUGGCAGCGUCUCAAGCACUUCGUCUCAGUCGAGCGCCACAUCCCUUUCCGGAUCCUCCACUGGAAGCGUGGCAAGCACUUCGUCUCAGUCGAGCGCUACUUUCCUCUCCGGAUCCUCCAGCUCAGCCUCGCAGACGUCGGGCACUCAAUCCUCCUCCUCCCAGGGCAGUGCCGUGACGCCAUCUAGCACUACAUCCUCGAAUGUGGGAUCUUCGACUUCUGCCGGUAUCACCUCCUCGAGCGUGCAGAGCACAUCUGCCUCGCAGGCCACAUCCACCACCAAGGUUUGCAAGCUUGAACACGAGCAGUGUGGAAACAGGAAGACCUGCUGCCCAGGUCUUGUCUGCGAAACGUACACGUACACCUACGGUGGCUACAACUACCAGGCCAAGCAAUGCGUUAAGCCUUCCUCGUCUACGACUUUCGCCACGUCGUUCAGCACAGCGACCGUUUCGACCACUUCUUCGGGACCAUACUCCACCACAUCCAUGUCAAGCUCCUCCAUGUCAAGCUCCUCCGGUGUCACCUCUUUGACAUCGAUCGAGAGCGGCUCAAGCACGGGCUCUUCUAGCUCAGCCUCGACCUCUGGAUUGUCCUCUGUCCAAUCGAGCAGUUCUACCGGUAAUGCCGUGACUCCUUCAUCCAGUUCUGUCUCGGCCACGGGAUCCUCCACUUCUGUCUCCACUCAGCAGACGGCCUCCACUGUCAGCGGAAGUGUCACGGGUACCUCCUCUUCAUUGAGCGAGACCACGCCUGCCAGCCAGACCUCGCAGACCGGCUCAUCCCAGACCAGCUCCAGCGUUAGCUCAACUGUGUCCGGCUUCUCUUCUUCAUUGAGCCAGACCACUUCCGCUAGCCAGACUUCACAGAGCAGCGCCUCUGGUACGAUCUCCAGCGUCAGUUCGACUGUGUCAGGUACCUUCUCUUCACUGAGUGAGACCACGCCUGCUAGCCAGACGUCGCAGACCGGAUCUUCUCAAAUCAGCUCCAGCGCUAGCUCAACGGUGUCAGGAUCUUCCUCUUCAUUGAGCGCGUCCACGCCGGCUAGCCAGUCAUCGCAGACUAGCGGUUCCCCGACGUCCUCCAGCAUCAGCUCAAGUGUGACGGGCACCUCAUCUCCAGGCAGCCAGAGCACUUCGGCAACUAGCCAGACAGGCUCGUCAGUCUCUUCCGCCACUCAGACUGGAAAUAGCUCUACUGGCCAGUCAUCCUCCUCUUCUACGGAGGCUAGCGCUGUGACGCCCACCAGCUCAACUUCCGCAGUGUCUUCCGGCAUGUCUGCCUCCACGAUCGGACAGUCCUCGACUGGAGCAUCUAGCUCUUCCUCUGGUAUUUUCAGCACUUCCGAGUCGACAUCUCAGGUCACCGGCUCUACUUCAUCGGUAUCAUUGACCUCUGGAGUGUCCAGCACUUCUGAGUCGACAUCUCAGGUCACUGGCUCUGCUUCAUCGGCAUCAUCCACGGGUUCCCUGACCAGCGGAUCUCAGACGCAAUCUACUUCCGCCGUCUCAUCGACUGAGCGAUCUUCGACCUCCGGCAUCACAUCUGCUUCCUCGAACACUGCUACUGAUUCUGCGACUGUGAGCUCCACUUCCGGAGCAUCGACUUCCUCCGAUAUCAGCAGCACGACCCCUGGUUCAAGCUUGAGCACUUCCAAGACUUCCCAGACUAGCCAGACUGGAUUCAGCACUACUCAAGGCAACACCGCAUCCAACACCAACAGCGUCACUAGCCAGAGCCAGAGCCUUCAGACAAACAGCCAGAGCACUCAGACCGCCACUCAGACCGGCAGCUCAAGCCAGAGCCAGACCACUCAGAGCAACACUCAGAGCACUCAGACCGCCACUCAGACCGGCAGCACAAGCCAGAGCCAGACCACUGGAUCUCAGACGAACAGCCAGAGCACUCAGACCGGCAGCACAUCGUCGGCGCAGGAGACUUCGGCUACUGAAUCCAACACGGCUACAUCUCAGACAAACACUCAGAGCUCUUCAUCUGGCACCCAGACCGGCACCACAUCUUCCGCGCAGCAGACCACAAGCCAGAGUGCUAGCUUCACCGAGGGCAGCGCUGUGACUCCAACAAGCACAACGCAACUUUCUAGCUCUGUAUCGCAGACCUCGACCGGGAUCACCAGCACAUCGGGAAGCACAUCUGCUACGCAAUCUAGCGGAAGCAUGACUGCCUCUUCUAGUGCAUCCGUCUCUUCCAUGACCUCAGGAUCGCUGUCUUCCACUGGAACCCAGACUAGCCAGAGCCCGUUCUCGACCUCCAUCAGCACGCCUGUUUCGUCUUCGAUGUCCGCAUCCAAAUCCUCCACUGGAACCGCAUCUGGCACACAGACUAGCCAGAGCACAAUCUCGACCUCUCUCAGCAUGACUGUUUCCUCUGCGACAUCGGGAUCUGUUUCCUCCACUGGAACCGUAUCGAACACGCAGACUAGCCAGAGCACGAUCUCAACCUCCAUUAGCACGCCUGUGUCCUCCGCGACGUCUGGAUCUCAAUCUUCGACGCAAUCGACUAGCCAAAGCGGAUCUGUUUCGUCUACUGGCACCCAGGGCACUAGCAGUGUUACCCCUACCGGCACUUCCUCCAGCCAGAGUGUCACUAGCACUUCUUCCGUCAGCCAGUCCACAACCGGCAGUGCCUCCAGCUCAACGGGAUCUGUACCAACUUCCUCCAUCAGCCAGUCCACGACCGGCAGCGCUGUAAGCUCCUCUGCAUCCGGGUCGAUCUCUUCCGCUAGCCAGAUCACUUCCUCUUCCGUGACCGGCACUGGCAGCGCAACCUCAACCCAGCAGUCGACCACCACUGUCGAGGCUAGCGGUGUUACACCGACCUCUACAACCGGCGCCGCUUCCACUAGCACCGCAAGCUUCCAGAGCUCAUCCGCGCAAUCAGGCAGCAUGACCACUGUGACUGUUUCCACGACCAUGAUGACUUCCACAACCAGCUCCACUUCAGCGCCCACCCCUCCGUCAUACUACCAGCCUCCGUCAUACUACCAACCUCCGACAUAUGACCAAUAUGACAACCUGCCCGCUGGACCAGGCGGUCCGGGUGAGAACGCAGGCCCAGGACCCAUCCCAAAGCUUCCGGGAUUCCCAGGCGGUCCAGGCCCAAAGCCUCCAGGCGGCAAAGGCCCAAAGCCUCCAGCCGGUCCAGGCCCAAAGCCUCCAGGCGGCCAAGGACCAAAGCUACCAGGCCAAGGUCCUAAACAAGGUCCCGGCAACACUCAGCCAUACCCAUACUCGUACCGCCGCGUACGAAGGGCCGGCAACUAGAGAGUCUUUGUUGUCCAUGAAAGACGGAGAUGAGAUGGUGGAGGAAGCGAAGUGGAAGGAAAAGCAUUGAACGGCAGUCACUCAUUGAACAAGCCCCGCGGGGCAUCUCAUAUCAUAUUUGUAGCUAUAACCCUCUCCUACUUUAUAUUCUUGCCGUACGCGGCCGACUUUGGGAUGGAUUAGCUCGAUCAAAAUAGAAGCAUACAUCUGUUUGUCC